AUGCUCUCCCCUUCUCUUCCAUCUCAUCCCUUAAAAUAUCAAAACAUCCAUCCACUUCAUUUUCUAGCAAAAACCAGGUAGCUAAUUGUGUUACGCAACUCUGAUGUUUAAAUCACUCCAAAUUUAUAUGUUUCUCUUGUAUUUUAAGCUACACCAGCUACCUAAAGCAUAAUUUAGUGGUUUCUUUUUUUUAUGGCUUGUGGGUUUGUCUCAUCUUUUCUCCAUCAUUGCAUUCUCUCUCUCUCUCUCUCUCUCUCUCUCUCUCAUUAUUGCACUUUAAACAAUAAACUUCAAGACUUUUAUGUUCUUCACAUAUCCAAGUUAAGAAAUAAUAUCAUACCUGGGGUUCAGAGGAAUUGCUAGAAGAACCUCUGAUGACGACAAUCGGAAUCCACAAGCCUGCCUUCCUGAUGCCUGCUUGCUAUGGAGCCACGAAUCAUCAAAACUAUCCAAGAAUUUCCACCCCAAAGAUGAUCACAAUGUCAGUUUCUGCUAUUUCAGAUUUCCUUUGUAUCAGCAAGUCUUCUCUGGCCAAUAAUAAGCUUCUGCAAAUAAACAGGAUAAUGAGUUCAGGAUCUUCACAGGGCAUAAAGAAAGAAGAAAUAUCAGUACAGCUUCAGAAAAACUCGGGUUAUCAGCUACAACCUACAAGUCAGACCCAUCUUCAACUUGACUGUCUGCAACAGGUUGAUCAAAUAUUUGUUCAAGACAAGAAACAUGAGUUUGGGCAGUUUGUUGCACGUGAGGCGAUGCUUGAUGAAGAAUAUUGGACAGCGGCAUGGCUGCGGGCAGAAACACACUGGGAAGAUAGGAAAGAUGAUCGAUUUGCUGAUAGCUACAAAAGGAAAUUUACAGAGCAGGAGUUUAAUGCACUAAAACGGCAGUGCAAAACCAAACCUGGACAAAAAAGUGCCUGCAUUGUUACGGUAAAGAAAGAACAUGGGAGUGAGAGACAUACUGUACUGAAGAGCAUAGUUGGAACCCUCGAUGUCAGCAUCCGACCCUUCUUGCAUGGAGAGACUUUUCCUGGGGAAAAAGUGAAAGCACCUAUAUUUUACAGUACAAAGAGAAAAGAGCCAAAAAAUCAAUAUGGUUAUAUCGCAAACUUAUGUGUAGCCAAAUCAGCUCGUCGGCAGGGUAUUGCAAGAAACAUGUUACAUUUUGCCAUUGAGUCUGCCAUAUCAGAUGGUGCAGAACAAGUGUAUGUGUAUGUAAACAGGAACAACAUAGCUGCACAGGAAUUGUACCAAAAGAUAGGAUUCAAGGUGGUUGAUCGGGCCAGCCCACAAUUAUCAAGAGAUAAAACGUACUUGCUUUGCUACAGAGCAUAAUACAUGAACACAUUCCUGUAUCAUGGAAAAGAACCCAAUGACAAACAACAAAAAAGGUUCUGAAUACUGUAAAAAUGUACAUCACUUUACAUAGUUUAAACAGAUGAAUAGUUCUGCCUC